AUGUUUUUUACUCCUCCACAACUUCAGAAGCUUGAGCAGGACUGGAAUGGGCUCGCAGUGCGUGAUUGGAUGAUUGCCAAUGUGGAUGUUGUGUUGUACAUCUCUUUCCUCUACCUUGGAUUCGUAUUUAUUGGCCCAAAAUUGUUCGCUAAGCUUGUUGGCACAAACCCGGCCGCUGCUGCUGCUGGAGCCCGAAGCGCUGACGGCACCGGCUCUCCAAUCGUUCGCCGGUCGAUGGUUGUGUGGAAUUUGGCGCUUUCAAUUUUCUCCAUCUUCGGCACAAGCACUGUGACGCCUGUACUUCUGCGUAACCUUGCCAAUAAGGGGUUCUACGGUGCCACCUGUGACUUCAAGGAAACGGAAUUUUACACAACAAAUGUUGGAUUCUGGAUGGGUAUUUUCGCUCUUUCAAAGAUACCGGAGCUUGUUGACACGAUAUUCCUCGUGUUGCAGGGCAAACAGGAGUUGCCUUUCCUUCAUUGGUAUCACCAUGUGACAGUUCUGUUGUUCUCAUGGCACACGUACUGUGUAGGGAGUAGCGCAUACAUUUGGGUGGCCGCUAUGAAUUACUCCGUACAUUCCGUCAUGUACCUUUACUUCGCCCUUGCAGCAUUAGGAUACAAACGCGUAGUUCGCCCACUUGCGCCGUACAUCACAAUUAUACAGAUACUACAAAUGGUUGUGGGUUGUUAUGUGACUAUUUUUGCACUUCAGGAGUUGCAUGGGGAGGGGGGUCGCGGAUGUGGUGUGUCGCCAGCGAACAUGCGCAUUCAAUUGGUGAUGUACGCCAGUUAUUUGUACCUCUUCUCGAAGAUGUUUGUGGCGUCGUACAUUCGACCCCCCAAGCGCCCGACUGUUGGCGGUCCCUCCUCAACAGCCGGCGUCAGCAACGGUUCUGUCGAGAAGAAAGUUAAAUAA